AUGAACAGAGAAGAAUUUACAGGUCUAGGCGAUGAAGAAGCCAUUCUUCCUCCAGGAAUGGAAAAAAUAUCAACUACUGUAUAUGGAUAUCUUACUAUCACAAUAGAUGACAUACUUUACCUAAAUAGUGGAUAGUAUCCAUAAGAUUAAGUAAGAAUAAGAGCUGAAUUUUGGGGUGAUUCAAAGCCAGGAAAAAUAUUUAGAGCAAGAAAUAGCAGUAUUAGUUUAUGUGAUAUGUAUCCUUGUUCUAGAACCUAUAAAAUUUGCUGUUAAAUGGAGCAAUUUUAUAAGUAUCUUGAAGAUAUGAGUAAAUCAAAGCAACUAAAAAUGAUGAUUACAGACAAUGUUAAUAAGAAAAUAGGAUACUUUAAGAUUAACUUUCUUCCUUAUUUAAAGCCAUCAUUAGGAUUUAGUGAUCAUUGUCCUUUUGACGAAAUAGAAAAUGUAUAUCCUAUCUUAUCAUUUAAAAAAGAUUAGGAAAAAAUAGGCGAAAUAAAAGUUAUUAUAGAUUCAAGUUUUGAUCCUAACAAAUCUUAGUUCAUUCAUCAGUUUUCUGGAAACAAUACUGUUGAAAUAGAUUAAAAAAACCUAUAGUUUUAAAAUAUUUAACAAUAAAAUGAAGAUUUUAGUCAUUAUCAAGAAAAUUAACCAAGUAUGGAUAGAAAUUUAUAUAAUAGUUCGCAAAAUGAGUUUUUAAAUAUUAACAAUUAAUUUGAUCAAAGAGUACCUCUAUCACUUAUUGAAAAAAAAUAGCAAUUAGAGUAUCAAGCAAACAAGUUUCUUGAAAAUAUACCAAAAAAGGUUAAUUUAGGAUUAGAAUUGAUGGAAGAAAUUUAUAAUGAUGAUGAUGAAGAAGAUGUUCAAGCAUUUCCUUCCUAAUAAAAAAAUAAUUAAGAAAUGUAGAUCAGAUAAUUUGAUUAAAAUCAUAACAAAGAAAGACUGAAUGAAAAUAUGUAGUACAGCAAUUAAAACAAUGUUAGCAAUCAGAGAGAAGAUUACAGAUUGUUUCCCCAAAACCAAUAGGAAUAGUAAUAAAGAGCAGCUAAUAACCCUAAUCAAAGACCUUUUAUUUAAAAGAUGGAACAAAUACAAUAAACAACAUUCUAAAAUUAAAACUUCUUUGUUGAUCAGGAAAAUAUUAACUAAAAGCUUGAUAAAAUUUUAGAAUUAGGAGAAAAUAUUUUUUAAAUGAAAAAAGAUUUGAAACAGUAAGCAUAAAAUUCAAAUGAAAGUAAUAAUAUAAUAAAGAAAAAUGAUCCUUAGUUAAAAUCAAAUCAUAAUGAAAACAAUUUUAGUAUGGAUAAAGUUGUAUCACUUGCCUCCUAGAAAAUAUAAACUGCAUAAUUUGAUAAUUCAAAUGAUAUAUCUAACAAUAGUUCCCAAUCAGAUUUUUUGAAAGAUGAAAUAGAAAGAUAAAAAUAAAUAAUUAGAGAGUAAAAUAGUGCAAAUAAUUCUUCAAACUCAGGAUUAUUGUUAGGGAAAUUAAGUUUUAAAAAAAGAUAGGAUGAAAGCAAUGUUAAAAGAUAAUAAAUAAAAUCUGAUUAAUUAGUUGAAUACAAUUUACCAAAAGUUAACGAAAUAAACAAAGCUUUUAAUGAUGAGCCUCAAGUCCCUUAUGAUUAGGCUUAGCAUGCAGAAAAGGAAACUUAAUUACUAAAAAAGAAUGAGAAUAUAGAGGAAAUAAAAUAAAGUGAAAGUCUUGAAUUAAAUAUCUUAGAAUUUAACUGCUUACAUGAACAUUUACUCACGAAAUUUAAAUAAAGAAAUAUAUUUAUUGGUUGUUAAAUACCAUCUAUCUUGAAACAUCCUUCUUAAUUAUCAGAAAGUAUUUAAAUUGAAGACUCUUUAAAGACUUUCUGUAAAGAAGUAAAUGGUGAAGAAUUUAUUUUUAGGUAAAAAUUUACUUUAUCUAUAGAAAUCAAUGAUGAAAAUUAUGAAAAAAUCAACAAUUCAUCUAUUUAAUUUACACUAAAUUCAUUUAUACUACCAUAAAAAGAAGUUCAAGAUCAAAAAAGAAUUAUGAUGUAAAUAGCUUCAGGAGAAUUUAAAAUUAGCAAACUUCUGGAAUAAAAGUCUUUAAGUGGCAAUUUCUACAUUAAUAUGUGGACUUCAAUCCCAGUUAACUAACAUAAAUAAGAUUGUCAAGAAGAAGCAGCUAAAUUAAUUAAAAUACCUAAACAAGAUUUGGAAAUAAAUAAAAAAGAAAACUUAAAUUUAUUAGGUCAGGUAAAGAUUAGCAUUCAAUUGAUUCUGAAGAGAAAAUACAAUAAAUAAGGAGCUAUUAGCCAACAAUAGCAUUCCUUUAAUUUUAAUAAGACAGGAGCAUCUAUUGCAAGCAGUCAAGUUGAUUAAGGACUAAGCUACUCUUAGCAUAUUGCAUCAACAAUAUUCAAUAAUUUUUAAAUUUUGCUUCGACUUGGAAAACUGAAAAUCCUUAACUUAUAAUCUUAUUCUGCAUUUAAUUUUUUUUCUCGUUACAAAAUAUAUGGAACUAUUGAAUAGGUUUCUUCUGAAAUCCAGUGGGAAAAUUCAGAACCUGAUUUACAUCACAGACUUACAAUCCCAUGCUCAUUAGAAAAUAUUUAAAAAAUGCUUAAAAUUCCAUUUAUUAUUGAAAUAUGGAAUAAAUCAGAUAAAGGAGACGAUUAAAUUGUAGGAAUAAUAAAGAUAAACAUGUCUAGCAUUCCUAAAACAAUACUUUUACCUGAUUUUACAGGAGUGAAUCCUAAUUUCAUUUAGCCUCAACAAUCAUAAUUAUUAAUUGUGUGUAAUGAAAAUGUAACCAUAAGUGAUAUUGCAGAUAAUAAAGAUAAAGGUCUAUUAUUUGUAACGAUUGCAUUUGGUUCACCUAUAUAACUAUCGAAAUUCGAUACUAACCUUUAAUAAUCUCAUAUUGAUUACUAGCACAGUAUUCACUAAAGGUCUUAACAAAAUUCUAGUUUUUAUACAAAUAACUCUCUUAAACCUCCUUUAAUUGCUAACAAAAAUAUGAAUUUUAAUGUAGAAUAAUAAAAUCUUUAGUAGCACCAUAAUAGAUAAUAAAAUUUAAUGCAUUAAGGAAUAACUUAAACUAUAAAUGUGAGCAGCAUUUAUGAUAAAAAUAAAUAAUUUUCUAGUGCACAAAAAAAUUAAUCUCAAUAACUUAAUCAAACUGAAUCUUUGUAAUUUAAAAGUGAAGACAGAAGAGUUAGAUAGUAAAUAGAUAUGGAAUAUGAUGACGAAGAUAUUAGAUAGCACUCUUUAACUAUUAAACCUGAAUCACAUAUUUUGUAAAGCAAUAGAUAAAAGAAAUUCGAAGAAGAAUAUGAAAUGGAAGCUUGUUAAAAUACAAAUUUAAUAGAAAAAUUUAUAGAUAUAUUGCAAAUUUUAAAUUAAAAUAUGAAUAAAAUUCAACAAAAUUUAAAAAAAUUUAUUUUAAGUUUUCAAGCCAAAGAUGAAAUUUAAAAUAAAGAAUUUAUUGAAUUUUUGUAAAGUUUAGAUUUAGGUAUAAAGCUAGCAGAUAUUGUCCCACUGAUUAAGAUAUUAGACUAUAAAUAACAAGGCAGUUUUAAAUUUGAAUUUUUUUCAAAAUCUUUUAAUUCCUUUUAAAGAUAUGAAAAUUAAAUUAAGCAAAAAUAUUAGCUUAUUUUACAGAAACUCUUGGAAGUCAUUGAAGCAAGCAAUAUAAAACCUAGCGAUAUUGAUAAAGAGUUGAUACGCUAAAGUGAAUUUGGCUUAAUGAGAAAAGAAAAGUUUGUUAGUAUUAUGAAAAAACUAAACUUAGCUGGUGAUAAUGUUUAUGAGCUAGUUGAAUCAAUUUGCUCUUUGUUAGAUGUUAAAAAUGAUGGGCUACUAUUUGUUAGUACUCUAAAUGACUAUCUUUAAAGUAUCGAUGUAUAUGGGGAAAUCAAAAAAUUGAUUCUUAAUCCACUGUGGUUUUUUGAAAUUGUUUAGCAAGAAUUUUCUCAUAGCUUAUUAACCACUAAUAAAGAAGAUGCAAAAAAAUUAGAAAAAUAAUAAUUAUUUUUCUAAAAAGAAAAAAUACAAUAUGAUGAACUUAUUAAUUUUUUUGAUUAAGAUUAGAGCUUUUGGGAAGUUUUACUUCUUAUUUGCAUAAUAAAAGGAAAGAAAGAAAUAUAUUAAAAAGAGGAAUUAGCUAUAAAUGGAGAAUAGCUAAAAAUUUUCCUAAAUGCUUUGAAAUUUUAAGCUUAAUCAGAUUAAUAAAGUAAUUCUAGCUCAAAAUAAAUUAAUAACCUAAAUGAAAAGAAAGGAGCAUUGUAUGAAUACUCAUCAAGUAAAAAAAAAUAAACUAUUGAAAUAAAUAAUUAAUAUUAAAAUGACCUGAGCUCAAAUUACUCUUAGAUUCAAGCAUCUCAAAUAAAAAAAUCAUCUGUUUAGAAAAUUCAAGAGUAACAAGAGUUAGAUUUAAUCACAAAUUUGCUCAACAACGAAGAAAUAAAGUUAGAUCUACCCACAAGUAAAUCAAACUAAUAAAACAAAUCUAAUUACAAAAAAGGAGAAUUUGAAGAUGAAGAUGAGACAGAAAAUAUUCCUAUUUAUGAUAAUUAUAAUUCGAUUAACUCUAAUUAAAAGGAGCAAUAAAAAUAUACAAAUAAUCUAUUUGAAAAGUAAGAAAAGCUCAGCUCAUUAGGAUCAAAGAAAACCAAAGAAGAAAAUGGAAAUUAAAAUAUCUAAUAAUCAAUAAAUAAUAUGAACAAAGAAUUAAAUGCUUCGAAUUCAAAUUCUUAAAUUCUCCAAAAAAAGAAAUUCAAGGUAGUUCAUAAAUUCAUUGUGAAUAUUCACAAAAUUUUGAUCACAAAUUUAGGAAAAGAGUAUGAUAUGGAAAACGCUGUUCUUUUAUAUUAAUUUGGAGAUUCAGAAAAAGUUUAAAUAGGCUCAUUUGAUUACUUUUAUGGGUAAUCAAGAUACGAUAUUAAUUAUUAAGGAGAAAAAAUAUACAAACUCAACAAUGAAGAAGAUUUAGAUAAUAUUCUUAUUUAAGAAAAUAUUGGUAUAAAAAUGGAUUUAGAAAUUUCUAAUUAAAAAUUAAACACUUUGUAAAAUAAUUUUGGUAUGAGGGGAGGAAGUAAUCAACAAAAUAAGUUAAAGUUUACAGCAAAUCUUUCUUCUUUUGUUCUUUUAGAUAUCAUACAAUCUUCACAAUUACAAAAAAAUGAAAAAUAGAAUGAUUUAAAGGAAGGGAGCUAACCUUUUAUUAUAGAUUAAAGUAUAAACUUAGUAGAUAAUAUUACUUAAUAAUAUAUAGGAAAAAUUCAGUUAACGAUACAGUAUUUUAGCAAGGAGUAGGUAGUUGAAAUAGAAAAUUUGGAAAAAAGUAAUUUAGCAGCAAAUAAAAAUAAUUAAAGGGUUGAAGAAUGUUUACUAGAAAAGGAAACUAAAGUAAAAAAAUUACUACCUAAAAGUGGAUUCUUUAACAUAUCAAUCAAUGCAGUAUGCUCAUUGAAAUAAAAUGAAAUUGAUUGCAAAAACUAUAAAAUUAUGUUAUUUUGUGAUUUUUUCCAUGAAAAUCCAUACCUUAGCUCUAUCUUUAAAAGUUUGAACAGUCAAGCUAUAUAUAAUUAAACUGAAGAAAUACUUACCAUUCAAGAGAGCUAUUAAAUUAAUUUAAAUUAAGAAAUAAUCAACUAUUUACAAGAAAAUACAUGUUUGAUUUAGUUGAGAAUAUUCCCCUUAGAUGAUUUAAUAAAAAGAAGCAAUUUCAUCAUUUUAGCAGAGUAAUUAUUAAAUUUGCAAUAUUUGCUAAUAAAUUAAGAAAUCAAUGAAGAAAGUUUAGUUUUAAAAAGAAAAGAAAUAGUAUUAGAUAAAUAAUAAAGUUUAAAAAAUGAAAGCGAAGUUAUUAAUAAAUUACCAAUAUCUACUUAAAAAGAAAUAAUUGGAGUAUGUUCUGUAGAAAUUUCUUACCUCAAAGAAAAAAAGCUGUUUUAAUCUAACUAAUCAUUGACUUAAUUCCAAAAAUAGAUUAAAAAUACUUCAUCUCUUAAUUAAAAUAAUAUUAAAGAGUCUGCUAAAAAUAAUUAUCAUUAGGUUUUUGUACUUUUUGAUGAACUGCUCAGCUUAAUUAUGUUUGAAAAUUUAUUAGUUACUGAUUAAAUGUGUUAUUUUAGAACAAAAAUUAAUGGAAAAAUUAUAGAUGGAAAAGGCUCAUUUAAAAUGAAUUUUAUUGAGAAUAGGAUACAAGAACUUAGUAAAGAUUCAUACAUUUAAUUUUUACUUGAAUCUGAAGAAUUAGACACUAUAAAUCCAUUAAAUAUAGAAUUAGUAGUAAGAGAUAUGAAUAAAUCUUAAGGAGAAGAAAUAGUUUUGGGACAUAUUUCUAUUGAUUUUGAAAUUUUAAGAAAAGAGUUCUUUUAAAAUUUGCUUGAAAAUAACUCAAUGAAAUGUACAAAUUCGCUCUGCUUUACUUUACUUAAAAGAGAUAGGGAUAAUUAAGUCAUUUUAGAUAAUGGAAGAUCGAUUGAAUAAUAAAUUAUGAGUAUUAGAGUAAAUUUAAGAUUGCUUUUAGUGAAAUACGAAACUAAAGGAGAUUAUGAAUAAUGUUAGCAAUUUUUAUAAUCUAUGAUAAAUUCUAAAUAAAAUUUGAGUAUCGAUUCCAAUAAUUCUUCCGAUAUUCUGGAUUAAUUGAGAUUAUCUAUUAGAUACACCCGCUAAGACUUUGAUUCUAUACUUAGUUAUUUAUUAUUUGACAAAAACACUCUCUACGCUUUGCUUAACCUUUCAGAUAAUCAAAAAUCAAAAUGUCUUUUAUCUCAAAACGAGUGCCAAUAAUUAUUAGAAGAUGUCUUUAUUUAUGACAAGAAUGAAAAUGGUAUUAUUGAAAUGGAAGACCUGAAAAAAGUUUUAAGAAAAUAUAGUAAUUAAUUAAAAGAGUAAGCUGAAGUAAUAAUUAAUAAGCUAGAUAGAAAUUACACAAAAAUACUUAAUGAAAUCAUAGGAAAUAAUUUAUAAAAAUUAGAUUAUAUUUAUUUCUUUAAAAAAUUCAAUAUUUUGAAUUAAAUAUAAGAUAGUUUAGAUUAAUCAAUUUUAAAGUACUAGCUAAAGUUAACCAUCUAAAAAGCAACUAAUGUAGGUGUUCUUUUUAAUGGAGUGAUUCCCAAUACAUAUAUUAAGUGUAUUUAAUUAGAUAUAUCUACAAAUUGUAUUUUAAGAGAUUCAAAUCCGUAAUUUGAUCACUGCUACGAAAUAGAAUUGCAUCCUAAUUAAUUCAAAAACUAUCAUUAAAUAAAAUUCAUGUUGUACCACAGAGGUUAUAAUCAAGAUUUUAGGGAUAAUAUGUACAAAAGUACAGAGUUAGGUUCUGCAAUUUUAGAUCUUUCAAAAAUGUUCUUUACAAAAAUCAAAGAUUUAAAUAAAGAAGAAACUUUUAAAAUUAAGAUAGAAUCAGCUCAUUAUUCAGCUAGAAUUUAAAAUGAAGCAUAUUUAUUUGUUAAUGUGUAAUUAAAUUGCUUAAAUUAAUUCUAAUAGGCUAAAAUAGAGUACUAAGAUGCUUACACUUAAAAUUAAUAGAUAUAUUCUUAUGGAGAAGAAGAAAAAGAUUUAAAUAAAUUUUAUAAGAAUACCUAAUCUAAUUUUAUGUAAGAAACCAAUCAUGAAGAUGACCUAAUAUAUAAUGAUGAAGCAUUUAACAAUUUUAAACAGACCUUAAUGGAGCUAAGAGAGUAGAAUUAAGAAGAAGAUCAAUAAGAUGAAAAAAUCUAUUAGGAAAUAGAAACUAAAGAAAAUUUUUAAACUAUUCCAAAGAAUAUACAAUUUAGUUAAGGGUUUUUGUAAAAGCCUCUUUAAGAUGAAAUAAAGUUUUCAAGUAGUGAAAAUAAAAAACUCCAAGCUGAAUAGAAUGAUUGCUCAGACAUUAUGCUUGAAAAAGCAAUGAAUGAGAUAGAUGAUUUGACAAAGCUAUUAGAAAGUGAAAAAGAUUAAGACAAGUAUUAUGAGAAUAUUUAUAGAUAAUAAGAUAAAGACUAAUAGAAUGCCAUAUAGAAUCCCUAAUUUAUAAAAGAAAAGCCAACUUAAAUUAAGGACAGUAUGAGAAGAGAUGUUUACAAUAGUGAAGAUGAGCUAGAAGAUCUUAGAAAAACUCUUUAAUAAAUGAAUGAGCAUUCAGAGAACUAAUAGUCUUAAUAUAAUGAUUAUAUCCUAUAAAAAUCAAGUGAAGAUGAUUUGAAAGCAAAAUUGAGCAGUAAUUAAUAACAUAAGUAAACAAAUAAUAUAGAUACUUCUCAUUAAUAUGAACACAGUUAUUUAAGGAAUAACUUUUAAAGUGAUAAUUCUCAAUAUAAAUUAUAAGAGUAAUUAAAAAGAAACAGCAAUCUAAUGCAAGAAUAAGAAGAAAAAUAUCCAUAUUACUCAAAAUAUAUGAAUUAUCUAGGAAAUCAAGGCUCUAAAAGCGAUUAAAAUAAAUAAAAAGAAGGAGGAUUAAACAUUUAGCAGACAUUUGAAUUAGAAAAGGAUAAAAAUAUUCUAUUCGACAAAUAAAAAUUUUAAAAGCAAUUUAAACAAAGUUAAUAUUCUGAAGAAAAUAGUGCUGAUAAAAGCUUAAGUAAGAAUAACUCAUACUCAAAUGAUAAAUUAAAUAAUUACUAAAUUGAAAAUCUAAAAUAAACAAGAAAUGAAUUGAAAAAUUAUUUUACUCUUGAAAAUUACGAAACAUUUAAGCCAGCAGAAUAUUAAUAAGAUAAAUAAUAAAGUCAAUAUAACUCUGUUGGAAGACCUCCUAUCAAAAAGAGUGAUUCUCAAAACAGUUUAAAAAAACUUGAAAACAAGAUCUUACCAAAGUACAUGAAAGACUCAGCUGAAAUAAACAGAAUCUCUAACAUAAUGAAAUAAGAUUUUUCAAAAUAAAAGAAAUACUUUGAUAAUACAAGCGACUCAGAAGACGAUUGA